UCAUCCCACGGCCGGAAGGAGAAAACAAUCCUAUAAAAUGGUGGUUGUUUUCUUCUCUUUACUGCUGUCACAUGAUGUGUUCGUAUUAUUCCUUGAAAUCGUGUUCUUUCUGUUCUAUAUUUGUGUCGGGGAUGACUUCUGAUUAAUGAGUUACUAUCAUGGUUAAGCUUUUGCAUCUGAUGGUGUAAGACAGAUCUAAGGUUUGUCUUAGAUCUGUUUCUUCUUCUUCUUCUUCUUCUUCUUUUAUCAAUCUAUCUAUCUAUCUAUAGAAGAGUAUUACCUAAUUUGAUGUAUGAGAAACUAAACAGAGCUAGAAUACCUCUCAUAUAUUGUUGUGAUCAUAAAUUCAAGUGGAUCUCAUAUCUCUUGACAUUUGACAUAUGUUCACCAGCCAAGGGAAAAAAAGUAGAAAUUGGAAAAAAAAAAAAAGAAACAUGAUUUUUAUUAUACAUUUGAUGUACAAAUAGUUGACACUUGAUUGAAAUGGUUAUGAUACAUUAGAAGGUGAAGGAAUGGAUCCAUCACCUAGUGGUUCUUGAUCCUGGUGCUUUAUCUGCUUAAUCCCUCUUGGGUUAAGGGAAAUGUGCCAAGGAUUGUUGCUUGUGGAUUUACUACUAUCUAUUUUAUACAUAUGUUUUAGUUAGGUAUACAAGGUUCUUUGUUCUGUUUAUACAUAUAUGUUCUGGUAUCUAUUUUGUACAAAUAUGUUAUCUGAUCGCCUAAACUUUUCCUUUUUAUCCUGUUCUGUUAAUUAAAAUUUCUACCUGUGAUUGUGUGGCAUAGAAUAGGUUCCUUCUCUUUCUGACAUCACACAUAUUGGUCUUUAGACCAAGUUUUCCUGGAUUUGGAGCUUGAACUAAUUUAUAUAAAGUUCACACUGGGUUAUGAUCUUCCAAAUUCAUUGCAUUGUACAUUUAGCUGAUAUUUUCUCCUGAGAAGGGCAUGCUUUUUUGAAAAUCUUGAUGUAGACUGAUUAAAAUUUUAGGAUAAUAUUGUAGCUUCCUUGUUAAUUGACUUGGCUGAGAUUGUAUAUUGAGCUUGCAGAAUGUCAAGUGCCUACAAUUUAAUAUUUAAAAUUCAUUGCACUGUACAUUUAGCUGAUAUUUUUUUAUGCUGCACCUAAUAGGUUUUAGAAUAUUUUCUGGGCAAGAUAUUAGUUCACUUCUGAAAUGUAAUAUUUCUAUUAACUGGAGCUUUCAACAUUUUUAAAACUGCUUCACAACUGCCUUAGUAUUUGAGAAACAGAUUUUUUAUCCUGGGCGAGCUUUUCUUUGGUCAAUUGUAGACUAUGUAAAAUGCAGUUUUUAUGUUGUCAGUUGUUUUUUGGAUUAUCUCCAUAUUAUGCGGCCUUGCCAAUGGUGUUGUACACAAUAAUAGUUACAAAAGUUCACUCUUAGAUUUAUUGGCAUUUAGCCAGGUAGUGACAAAAUACUAUGAUAUUUCAUUUAAAUAUGAUGAUGUUUAACUUAAUUGCUAUCAUCUAAAUAACUAAUAGUAGUAUCAUGCAAGGUCAGAUCCUAUAUCAGCGGCAACCUGGUGUGUACUUGCCACUCAUGUUUUCUUUUUGUUACUUCAAAAAACUUCACAAAUGAAAUGAAGAUCAUUUUUUUAUGUUUAAUAUGGUCAGCUUUUUGUUCUUUCAUAGGCCAUAUUAUAUUGUUUUCUUAUUUGCAUUUGUAGGAUAAUCCAACAUUGCAAGACCUGAUGUGUUAUUUUGCUAAUCUGUGUUGUGUUAUAGAUUUCUCAUGAAGAUUAGGUUCUCAUUGAAACUAUUUUUCUCAUUUCUAGCUGGGAAUUAUAGCUUUAUACUAUGUGGUUAAGAGAGUUGGCCAUCAAAUAAAAGAGAGCAAGAAGAGUCAAACACCUUUUUCUCUUAUGUGAGUUAUUAUAGUUUUACACUUUAGAUUGAUAGAGUUGAAGAGGAACCUGAAGAAGAGAUGUGAACACAUGUUCAAUCACAGAUAUUGGGAGAAACCAAUAGUAGCAGAGAGAUUUGAUUCCUCUCAAUCCCAUAUAUUUGAUUCUGAGAGUGAAUAUAUUUUGAGCGAUGAGAGUUUUGAGACAUCUCUUAACCAACAAAUAUUUGUUCAAAUAGAUCAUUGGUAAAAUUUUGCAUAAUGAAUGCGAAAUUUGCUUGGAGAUAUUAGUUUUGCUAUAUAUGUUGAAUUUAAUUUGUGUUUUAAGACUGAAAAGUGGCCCUGAAGUUUAUAAAACAUGGUGCCAGGUGCAUUGGUGGAUUAGAGACUGUUUGAAGCCUCUCUUCCAUUGUUAGCCGAGUAUAUCAUCUCACUUGAGCAAUAGCAUGUAUGGCAGCUAAAAGUGAUUGUGACUUUAUGAUUUGUAAGAUGGUGUUGCUUUGUAACUCAUCUGGCUAGCUGGUGCACUUGUUAUGACAAAUUUUGUCACUAUAAGUUGUCGCAAGUAUAUAGAUUUACGUAGGUAGCUGCCAUCUGGAGCAAAAAAGUCCCAAGUGAAGCUAUGGUUCUUAGUUGAAUAUUGGUUAUAGGUUGAUAAAAUAUGUCAAGAUUUUGGUGGAAUUUUGUUGUCUUGGAUGUUCUCUUGACAGCAUCCAGUUGUUUCUUCGGUCCUUGAAGCUGAGAUGAUGCGGUCCAUCAUAUUGAGAAGCGGUUGAGAGGAAUUAAGAGAAAUACAGAAGACAAGUGAUUCGUGGUUUUGUAUGCGAUAAAGAAACGGAGAGAUACCGAUCAUGAAAGGUGACAAACGGGAAGAAACAAAAGUUGAGAAGUCAAACAUUGUCUUUUGACUUGGACAGAAAGCUGGAAGUGUUAAAGAAAUAUGGGCAGCUAGAAGAGAGAACCAAUGUCAUUAGAAUCCUCCCAAGUUGUCAUUAUUCUUGUAAAAUUUGGGAGCAAGAACGAGCCGGACACGUGCUCGAGUUGGAGUUAUUCGCGAAAGGUCAUCUAAUUUGGCAGCCCUAUCGAUGGGGAUUGAUUCGUGAUGUGAGAUGGAGAGGACGGUCCCGUUUAAUGCGUUUCCCACAAGCAAUCGUGGAGGAGGAAGCGGCGAGGAAUCGACCGGGGGAGGAGCUAUGAAGAGGCGUUCGAUCGACGGAUCUGAUGGCGGCGGGGAUCCCCGGGUUGCCGCUGAGGAGGAGAAGAACAAGAAACCGAGAUCCGACGGAGGAAAGGCGGAAGUGACUGCUGAGGAGGAGGAGGAGGAGGAGGUGAACGUGGCGGAGCUCGGAGAGGACCUGGUUCUCGAGGUGCUGAAGCGGGCGGACGCCCGGACGCUGGGGCGUGCGGCGUGCGUGAGCCGGCGGUGGCGAAGGCUGGCGGAGGACGAGCGACUCUGGGAGGCGGUGUGCACCCGGGACUGGGUCAGAGUGCCCUACGGCGAGCGGCAGCUUAGGUCGGUGGUGCUCGCCCUCGGGGGAUUCCGUCGCCUCCACUCCCUCUACAUCCUCCCAUUCCUCGGCACCUCCGGCCCCCGCACCGCGGCCUCUUCCCCGGCUCUCGCCCUUCCUUCGGCCGCCGCCACGUCGCCGUCUCCGAUAACGAGGCGGGCUCAUCUCCAGCCCCGAUGGGGCAAGGACGAGGUCCAACUCUCGCUCGCUCUCCUCUCCAUCGGCUUCUUCGAGAAAAUGAAUCCUAACAACAACCACCGUGGCGGCGGCGACGGCGGUUGUGGAUAAAACCACCAGGUCCGAUCUCCACCUCCUCUAUCUCCUUCAAAAAUCUAAUUUUUAUAUGGUGCCUCUAUAAAUUUCUUCCGUGAGAAAUCCAGUUCUCGCUCACUCCUCUCCUCUCCAUCGAGAAGAUGAAUCCUAACAACAGCCGCCGCAGCGGUGGCUAUGAAUGAGACCAGCAGAUCUGGUCGCCGCCUUCUAUUAUCCCAUAAAAGUCCAAUUUUUAUCCUUAUUAGCUGUUGUUUGUGGCUUUAUAUAUUUCAUGUGUGUACAUUUAUGAACCAAUGAGUCUCUCUUCUUCUU